GCACAAAUGACAGCUGACUUUUUCCAGAUUCCAAUGGGAAUUGUUUAUCAAUUGUCGACCAAUUUGUUAUCAAUUCGUGUUUAUAUCCGACGAAAAAUUAAAUAUGAAAGUUAAUAAAAUUUUACCCUUUGAUGCCUCUCUUCUGGAUUGUGCAAUAUCAAAUCGCCAAUUGGAGAAAAUCGCUGUAGAAAUUUCCAAACGAGGCAGUGUAACAGGUCUUAAUCAGGUAGUUUGGGCAUUAAAAGCGUUAACUUUAACGGACUCGACAACGUUGGGAGGCCAUGAUACGGCAGCAAACGUGCGAAGUCUUUGCCAGCGUGCUGCAUUUCCUAUACCAGAGCAUGUUUUGUUAGAACUUGGAGUUGAACCGGCACUUCUGCCGCAUUUACACACUGCUGCCGUAUGUGUAUAUCCAGCUCGUGUCGCGAAUGCAGCAGCCAAAUUGAAGCAAUUAAAUAAGUACAAUGAAAUACCAAUAGCAUCUGUGGCAACAGGUUUUCCGGCUGGGCAGUAUGGCUUGGACACCCGCUUAAACGAAAUCCAAUUUGCUAUGGAGUCCGGAGCCACCGAGAUUGACAUCGUAAUCAAUCGUCAAUUAGCACUUGUGGGUGAUUGGAGAGGUGUUUACAGUGAAGUGUGCGAAAUGCGAAAGGCUUGCGGCGAAGAAGCGCAUUUGAAAACCAUACUCGCUAUCGGUGAACUUGGCAACAUGGAGAACGUUUACAAAGCGUCCAUUGCCUGUAUGCUAGCUGGAGCUGAUUUUAUAAAAACAUCUACUGGAAAGGAAGCUGUUAAUGCCACUCUACCAGCUGGUUUGGCUAUGAUAUAUGCUAUUCAAGAAUUCGAACGCCGAAAGGGCAUUCUAGUUGGUCUAAAACCAGCCGGUGGUGUACGCACUGUGCCCGAUGCGAUUGCAUGGCUAACUCUCGUAAAAGAAACUUUAGGUCCACGUUGGUUGCAACCCAGUCUUUUUCGCUUUGGUGCAUCUGGUUUAUUAGAUAAAAUAGUAGAAACUGUUAACGGGCAUAUCACCAAUUCGCAAAGUGGUUCCGAUUAAUAAACAUUUUGAUAUUGAGCAAUUUUAUAUUAAAAAAAAAAUUAUUAAAUAUAUGAGCGACUAAUUUUUAUACAUAUGCACGUAUAUAAAGUCGUAUCUAAUAUCUAUUAGGAUAGAAAAUUCUACAACACGAGAAUGUAGUAAUCUGUUUAUAGUUACCUUCAAAAUCAAGUUAACUCAAAGGUUUGCGGAUUUCACAGAUUUUAUUAGCUAUAAGAUCCCACAAACACUCUUAGGUAAUAUUUACAGCAUAUAAAAAUAUGUAUGCAUAUGUACAUAAAUAGAAAAAGUGUAACCAAUAAAUUAAGACUAAAUAUUUA